AUGCUCAGAGAAAGUUGUGAACGACUUUCCUCUAGACGGUCGCUGAAACUAUGCGCUUCCGUCUUUUUGCUUUCUUCUAUCCGUUUCUUUCUUCUCUCCCUCUCCCUCUCCCUCUCCCUCUCCCAUUCGUCUCCUCCCUCUUUCCUCUCCCCCCCUCCCCUUUUACCCCUCCCUCCCUCUCUCUCUCCCUCUCUCCCUCCCUCUCUCUCUCCCUCUCUCCCUCCCUCUCUCUCUCCCUCUCUCCCUCCCUCUCUCUCUCCCUCUCUCGCUCCCUCUCUCUCUCCCUCUCUCCCUGUCACCAUCUCUCCCUCUCCUUCUCACUUCCCUCUCUCCCUAUUUUCCCCCCUUCCUCGGCCGUCUGACCUGCUCCCCGGCUCGGCAAUCCCUAGGUGCACGGUUGGCUGCUGCGGCUCGCAUACUUGCUUCUCAUUCCCUACCUUCCGAGCGAUUCCUGAGGUUUUCAAUCAGUGUCCUCUCCCAUCUAUCUCACGCCUCCCCCAGUUCAUUCUCCCCGCGGCGCGGCAAUCCCCAGGUGCACGGGUGGCUGCUGUGGCUGGCGUACGGGCUGCUGAUGCCCGUGGGGCUCAUCACGGCGCGUCAUCUGCAGACCGUCACGCCCAAGUGGUUCGCCAUUCACUGGGGCAUUCAGGUGCGCUCCUUCGCCUCCUCGCUCCAUCGCACCUCCCUCGCUCCCUCGCACCUCCCUCGCUCCCUCGCACUUACUGUUUUUGGGUCGACUCAAAACCUGCUUCUGUUGGUGAUGCUCGCGAUAAUCCGGUUCCUUAUCGCCGUGGGGAAGUUCAGUCGAAAGGACGCCCCGUGCUCUUCACUCCGCUCGCUUUCUCACCUUCCCCUCUUGUCUCCCCCUCCCAUCCCCCCCGAUUUUCCGCAGCUGCUGACGGUGAUGCUCGCGAUAAUCGGGUACUUCCUCGCCGUGGGGAAGUUUGGUCGCAAGGAUGCCUCGUGUCCCUUGAGUCAAUUCACCCUCCACCCUUCCCCCCUUCCCCCCUUCCCCCGCAUCCCCCUCCCCUCCGCAUCUCCCCCGCAGCUGCUGGCGGUGAUGCUCGCGAUAAUCGGGUUCUUUAUCGGCGUGGGGAAGUUGGGCGCGGAGUACGACUCGUGACCCUUCACUCCACUCACUUUCUCACGCUCCUCCUCCAUCUCACACCCCUCCUCUUGAUUUAUUUAUCGCAGCUGCUGGCGGUGAUGCUCGCGAUAAUCGGGUUCUUCAUCGGCGUGGGGAAGUUCGGCGCGGAGGCCGCCACGGAGUCGCGCCAUGCGCGCAUGGGCAUCGCGGUCUUCACCUUCACGCUCGCGCAGCCGCUGCUGGGGGUCAUUCGCCCGCACAAGGGGAACAAGAUACGUGUGGCAUGGUACUUCGCGCACUGGCUGCUGGGCAUUCUGGCGGUGGGCAUGGGGUGGUACGUGCUCUUUCUUGGCCUCGGCCUCUACGAGCACGAGACGGACCAGGACGUGCAGCGUGACCACAUCACUGCUGCUCUUAGCCUUUCUGCUGCUGGGUCGAUGGGACCAUCUGACGGGCUCACGCUCUUCCCCUCCGUCACCCACGUGUCCUCGCUGCUGCACCUGGGGGGACGGGGGAGCCUUUUAAUAAAAGGAUUCCUCCUGCCAUCCCUGCUCCCUGUCUCACCCCCCACACCCUCUCCCCCUCCCUUCCCCCCCCCACUCUCCCCCUCCCUUUCCCCCCCACUCUCCCCCUCCCUUUCCCCCCCACUCUCCCCCUCCCUUUCCCCCCCACUCUCCCCCUCCCUUUCCCCCCCACUCUCCCCCUCCCUUUCCCCCCCACUCUCCCCCUCCCUUUCCCCCCCACUCUCCCCCUCCCUUUCCCCCCCACUCUCCCCCUCCCUUUCCCCCCCACUCUCCCCCUCCCUUUCCCCCCCACUCUCCCCCUCCCUUUCCCCCCCACUCUCCCCCUCCCUUUCCCCCCCACUCUCCCCCUCCCUUUCCCCCCCACUCUCCCCCUCCCUUUCCCCCCCACUCUCCCCCUCCCUUUCCCCCCCACUCUCCCCCUCCCUUUCCCCCCCACUCUCCCCCUCCCUUUCCCCCCCACUCUCCCCCUCCCUUUCCCCCCCACUCUCCCCCUCCCUUUCCCCCCCACUCUCCCCCCUCCCUUUCCCCCCCACUCUCCCCCUCCCUUUCCCCCCCACUCUCCCCCUCCCUUUCCCCCCCACUCUCCCCCUCCCUUCCCCCCCCACUCUCCCCCUCCCUUCCCCCCCCACUCUCCCCCUCCCUUUCCCCCCCACUCUCCCCCUCCCUUUCCCCCCCACUCUCCCCCUCCCUUUCCCCCCCACUCUCCCCCUCCCUUUCCCCCCCACUCUCCCCCUCCCUUUCCCCCCCACUCUCCCCCUCCCUUUCCCCCCCACUCUCCCCCUCCCUUUCCCCCCCACUCUCCCCCUCCCUUUCCCCCCCACUCUCCCCCUCCCUUUCCCCCCCACUCUCCCCCUUCCUUUCCCCUCCCCCCUGGCAACCACCCAGGGGUACAAGAUCGCUCUGGGCGUGACGACAUCGCUGAUGCUCUUUGCCUUCCUCCUCCUCGGCCGCUGGGACCACCUGGUGGGGCAGGCAGACAGCGCCAGCAAAGUGGACGGGCUCACACGCUUCCCCUCCGUUGCACACGUGUCCUCGCUGCUGCACCUGGGGGGAGGGAAGGCGUCGGAGGAGAGAAUCGCUGCGGAAAGGGGGGUUGCGGAAGAGAGGGCUGCUGCGCUGGGAGGCGUGUGA